AUUCCUAUCUGUAAGUAUACAGUCAUUAUAUAUUCAGUGAUCUCAGACAUAAUUCAGUAAUAUGGAAUUGUGGAUUGUCGUUAUAAAGGACUUGCUUUUAAAAUAGACAGUGCACGAUCCAGUUCAGAAAGAAGUUGUUUAUCCUUUUGAAACAAGAUACCUGUCGCACAUGAUUUAUAAGCUUGCCUUGGUCGACCUGUGAAUAGGUCCAACAUGCAGAAGUAUAAUCCAGACUCUCCUUUGGCAACCCUAGAAGAUAUUCAGAAAGCCACCAAGGUCGUGCAAGAGAGCGCCCUCUGCGUUCGAACUCCAUUGGUACACAAUGCUCAAGAAUGGCUUAGACUUGAUCUAGCAUGCAACCUGAGUCUUAAGCUUGAAAAUACACAAACAACAGGGUCAUUCAAGGUUAGAGGUCUUGCAAAUCAAGUGGCUCACAUCCCCGAAUCUGUGCAACAGGAAAUCAUUACAAUGUCAGCAGGGAAUUAUGGGAAGGCGUUCUCAUAUGCGAUGAAACAAAGGGGCCUGAAGUCAAGAGUCCUCAUGCCUGAGACUGCGCCGAGGGUCAGGGAAGAAAUUAUGAGGAGUUAUGGAACAGAAGUUGAGCGCGUUCCCACCAGAGAACUCCAGCCUCGUGUUGAUGGUUACGUAACAAAUGAAGGCAUGCAUUAUCUUCACCCAUUUGAUGAUUUUAAUUUGAUCUGUGGGCAUGGAAGCGUGGGUUUAGAGAUCCUUGAAGACAUUCCAGAUCCCGAUGUGAUCGUUGUAUGCUGCGGGGGAGGAGGUCUACUGGCUGGAAUAGCCGCUGCUGUGAAACGUUCAGGCAAAUCUCACACAAGGAUCUAUGGGGUCGAACCGGAACAAGCUUGUUGCAUGUUCAAGAGCAAACAAUCUGGUAAACCAGUCACAGAUCCAAAUGUACACUCUAUCGCUUCGGGAUUAUCUCCUCCGUUCGCAGGUUCGAAUGCCUUCCGCCACGUCGAAGAGUUCGUCGAAGACAUCCUUCUGUUGAGCGAGGAAGAGAUAAUCACCGCAGUCACUCAUCUCUACCAGGCCGGAUUGGUUGUGGAACCGGCAGGUGCUGCAGCCUUCGGAGCGGUUCUAUUCGGCAAGGUACCCGAUGUGGUGGACAAGAAGGUUGUAGCUGUCGUCACUGGUGGGAACGUCUCCCCGCAAGAACUCUGCAAUAUCAUCAAGAACUAACCUACCAAGCCCAUUAACCCACUGCCUAGUGGAUUUAGAUAGUCCCCGUACAAAGUCUAUGGGAAUUAUAGAAUUCAGUAGUCAAUGGGUUAAUCAGUUAGAUGGCUUCUGCAAUAUCAUCAAGACCUGAUUAUGCAAUAUACCAUUUACCAAGUCCACUAACCCAGUGCCUACUGGAUUAGAUGAUCCACGUGCAAAGUCUACGGGAAUUACAGAAUUCAGCAGUUAUAUGUUAAUCAGUCAGAUCCUGGUCAGAUGGCUUCUGCAAUAUCAUCAAGACCUGAUCUUGACAUGCAAUCUACCAUUUGACAAGUCCAUUAACUCACUGCCUGCUGGAUUAGAUGAUCUCCCGUGCAAAGUCUAUGGGAAUUAUAGAAUUCAGCAGCCAACAGGUUAAUGAGUCAGUUGCCCUCUAAAUAGGGGUCAUGGAAGGGGCGGGUCUGAGAGGGCCACCGGCCCGAAAUGGUCCCUAUAAAAGAACUGAUUUGUUUAAAAUGAAAAACAUUGAUGGAAAAUGGGAAAAGGUGGAGAACAGGAAAGAGAUACCAGGGUCAUGCAAGUCAAGGUGACGUCAGGGUAUUUUGAUAUUGGACAAGAGGGCCUGGUAGUGACUCAUGGUGAGAGGGGUAAACAAGAAAAUAAUUAAAUGGGAAUAAAAUAUGGAUAAGGGGGAAAACAAAUAGACAUAGAAGAGGGAGAGAGAUAUUUGGUCCUACACUGUUAGAAAAUUAACAGGAAAGAGAUACCAGGGUCAUGCAAGUCAAGGUGACGUCAGGGUAUUUUGAUAUUGGACAAGAGGGCCUGGUAGUGACGUCAUGGUGAGAGGGGUUAACAAGAAAAUAAUUAAAUGGGAAUAAAAUAUGGAUAAGGGGGAAAACAAAUAGACAUAGAAGAGGGAGAGAGAUAUUUGGUCCUACACUGUUAGAAAAUUUAUCCUUAAAACAAAAGAAGUUCCUGCAGCAGAGUCUCGAGAACACCUGUAACCUUACGCAAUCUUAAAUUAUAUCAUGUAAAAUUACAGGAAAUCGGUAUUUGGUGUAUGUAACUUUACACAUUUCCUUAAAUAAAAAAACCCUUUUCCCCUUUUUAAACAGACCUGUUCUGUUAAAUUGCAGAAAAAUUCCUGUUUUAUGAAUUUACAGAAUGAUUCUGUUAUUGCUUUCUGCAAAAUCUUCUUUUUUCUGUAAAAUCAGGUGUUUUUAACAGUGAAAAAAAUGUAAAAACCAACCUUUGGUUAAUUUUAAGACCCCCCCACAAAAGACCCUCACGUCAACACUGACCCCCCCCCCCCCCUAUUUGCCAUCUUGUGCUAAUAAAAUACCUCAGAGCAAGCAACAACUUUCAAAUUCUAUUUUUUUUUUGUGUUACAUUCUUGAUAUACAAUACAUGCAUGUGUAAUUUUGAAUAGAUAUAUAUUUUCAAUGAAAUACAAAUGAAUGUGCUUCCUUCUUUUUUUCCCUGAAGGGUCUGUUCAGUCCUUACCGGAUUCCAUUUUGUUGUAAUGCAGGGCCCUGGGAAUGAUUUUUUAUUCUGGGGGUGCUGAUGUAAAUUUGAAAAGCAAAAAAAAGAGAGGUUUCCGCUACGAAAUGCAGAUCAAAUUGGUCCCGAGAAAUUUGAACAGCAAAAAAAAAAAAAGUUUCACUACAGAAUGAGUGACGGUAUUUUUGUAACAUUGUUCCACAGAGCUAUUACAAUAGCAAUUGUAAUAGCUCUAUGAUUGUUCCAUCUUUACACAUCUUCCACAAUACCUGAGUGUGCUGCCUAUGGAGAAUGAUACACGCAGCAUCUCUCCAGAAUUUUUUUUUUUGGGUACUCCCGAUUCCCAUGCCGUGUUGUAAAGUGCAAUUUUGUCUAAUGAUUUAUAAGAUUAUGUGAAUUGUCUGAUAGUAUGAUAAUUAUGUAAGAAAUACUGAGUAUCAUUGUAAAUAUAUAUAAUAAAUUGAAACAGAUAAAAGGAAAUGGG